GCCACUGCUGCUGCAAGCCUCACAGCUGCCUUCAGUGCCUGGACAAGACGCCUUCAACACAGCAAAGUGUGAGAAACUACAGAAAGACAAGGAGGACCUGGAGAGGCGGUUCGAGGAGGAGGUGAGGCGGCUGGGCUGGCAGCAGCAAGCCGAGCUCCAGGAGCUGGAGGAGCGGCUGCAGCUGCAGUUCGAGGCGGAGAUGGCGCGCCUGCAGGAGGAGCACCACGGCCAGCUGCUGAGGAUCCGGAGCCAGCACCAGGAGCAGGUAGAAGAUAUCACGGCCAGCCAUGAGGCGGCUCUCCUAGAGAUGGAAAAUAACCACACAGUUGCCAUCACGAUCCUGCAGGAGGACCACAACCACAAAGUCCAAGAAAUGAUGUCUACUCAUGAGGUUGAAAAGAAAGAAUUGGAAGAGAAUUUUGAAAAACUGCGGCUGUCGUUACAGGACCAGGUGGACACGCUGACUUUCCAGAGCCAGUCCCUGCGGGACAGAGCCCGCCGCUUCGAGGAGGCUUUGAGGAAAAACACAGAAGAGCAGCUGGAGAUCGCACUGGCUCCUUAUCAGCACUUGGAAGAAGACAUGAAGAGUCUGAAGCAAGUGUUAGAGAUGAAGAAUCAGCAAAUACACCAGCAGGAAAAGAAAAUCAUUGAGCUGGAAAAGUUGGUGGAAAAGAACAUUAUCCUGGAAGAAAAGAUCCAAGUUCUCCAGCAGCAGAAUGAAGACCUCAAAGCAAGGAUCGACCAGAACACGGUUGUCACCAGACAGCUGUCAGAGGAAAAUGCUAAUCUCCAGGAAUACGUAGAGAAAGAAACCCAGGAGAAGAAGAGAUUGAGCCGAACCAACGAAGAGCUGCUCUGGAAGCUCCAAACUGGGGACCCAACCAGCCCGAUUAAACUCUCCCCCACGUCCCCUGUUUACCGUGGCUGCUCCUCGGGGCCCUCCUCUCCGGCCAGAGUCAGCUCGAUGCCCAGAUGACGCCACCAUGCAGCUUGCAGGCGCUCCAGCUUCUCGUCCACCCCGAGGGCACACUGACCCGGUGCCGCCAGAGCUGGCCCUGCGCGCGUGCUCGCCCUGCGUGCAUGCUCAUAGCUGCAUAUGCAUCCCAGGCCACGUCCCCCUUUGGUCCCCAUGUAAGACUGUCCUGGCAUUGGCACUUAGGGAAGCAUAAGUGGUAGAGUCUGAUGUGGAAGCAUUUUACCAUAGUUAGAGCCAAAAGAAAAACAACUCCAGUUCUUGAGUGAUGAACUUUCACUGCAGAAUUUCAGGUUAGCUACAAAUAGCUCAGUUUUCAAUAUACAUUGAGUAAUCAUUGUGUACUGCACCGAUGUGUGUAGAUUUACAUAUACAUGUAUACACAUGCGGCAGUUCUGAAUUGCAUUUUUUAUAACAUGAAGUGCUGACAUAUUUUAGUGAAGGUCAGCAGUUUUCUAACUUGUGCCUAAGAAUUAUUGGGAGAUGAAAAUGCAUUUCUAUCUAGCUUCCCGGGAAUAUUUCUACCCAAAAUAGAAAAAGGAAAAAAAAAAAAAAGAUACAGAAAAGAAGCGCCUUUCAAGCUACCACUACGUGGUACUCUAACAUGUACACCAGCGAUUUGUGAACGGUAACUGCCUUUGGAACAAUCAGCUUCUUAGUCAACAUGAUGUGAGGUCACUGUUACUCCAUUCGCAAGUUUUAAUUAUUAAUACUCUUGUCGUGAGUGGAUAAGGGAAAGCAGUGGGAGAUCCCAAAGGGCUUAGCAGUUUUGCAGAUUUACUCAUGAUGAUGACUCAUCUAUAAUAGUCUCGUAAACACGAGUUUUGCUUUUUUACUAAAUGGCAUCUUGGAAUUGGUCCUUAAGCACUUGUGGCACCCUCGGGAGAACAUGGAAGAGCAUGACCUUUUAGAGUGAGGGUGAGGACAUCCUUGGAGAUGGCCAAGACCAUUCAUGCUCCAUCCUUGUGAAGAAACGCUGCUGGCAGGGCCGGUAUCUGACCAGGCACAGAGUAGGGACGCGUCCUCCGGCUUGCCGUUUGGUUUGCUCUGAUGCGCUGCUGUCAAUGCUCGAUUUGCUGAGAUAUGACCCUCAGGCCCCAUUUCAUUGGCAAACCCCCUUCAAUUUGGUUCUGUAACUCAACUCCUUCAUUGCACAUUGAGAUGGCCAGGGGCUCUAGCAGGGGCUUCCAGAAAACCAACAUUUCUGUCCUGGGGGACCAGUUCUCCGCUGUGCUAGAUCAUCACAUGACCUCCCAGAAUCCCAGUUGUACUUUCUGCUGGAUGAUCAAGCAACACUGCAGCUGAGAGUGGUCCCACUUCAGCCCAGAAGGUUCUCCCUAACAGAGGAACCCAGUGAAACAGCUAGCCAGCCGUCACCAGCUCCUGGACUGGCAUUUGUCUCUGAAAUGGUAGAAUUAGAGUGUGAAAGAUAUUCACGUAGUGCUGUGGAAGACUAGGAGCAUGACACACACAGAAAGACGUAGUUUUACCAGUCGAUAUGGUGAUGAUGAUGAUGAUGACGCCUUUGUUUCCUGUAUGUGACAAAGACCCUGCACUUUUCUUUCUAAGACCCCUAAAAAUAGUCAUGAGCAUAGGCCUGUCUUUGAGCAUGCCCAGGGCCAGAAGACCCAUGCAGGGAUCCUGCAGGGGCCAGAGCCAUGGUGCCGGGAAGAAAUGGCCAAUGGAAGGGGUCGGCUUGCCAGGGCCCAGCCUACUUGGUGCAUGUGUGGCCGACACAAAGGCAUACAUGGUCUGUGUUCUUGGCAUGAGUCAAAGUUGGGCAUCCUGGCCUCAGGUACAUCUCAUUUCUAGCAGACCUCCGAGGGUCUUGCCCAUUCCAGGGACAUGCACAGUAGAUAAACAUUGAAGAAACAUUUCUUUUUUUCUUUCGUGGCUCUGCAUGAUACUGUAAUAUUGAGUUGGGCAUUCCGUUAGAGUAGAUCAUGCCACGUUGACUAAAGACACACUAUUUAUUCUUUCAGCAGGCACAGCCUGCAAUCACAAGUUCGGUUGCAGCUUAGCUCUCCGAAUUAGGAAUUGCUUCCAUAAUCGCACUUGCUAAACGCAGUUACACAGCAAUACUGACUUCAGUGUGAUGUUAGAAUGUGGUACAGUGUGGUAGGCUAUUGCGGUCAAAGUUGUAGCGAUAUUAGAACUAAGGAAUCCCUCACUAGUUGGACUAGAGCUUUGCCCUAACCAGCCCUGACCUUGGGUAGUUCAGCUAAUUUCCACACGGCCCUGGCUUUGUUUUUUCACCAUGGAACCCACCAUGUCUGGCUCAUCUGAGCCAUUACCACUCCUGAAACCCAUGGGGAGGCAGCUGCUGCACCUCCCCCGCCACACCAUUAGGAUUUGGACUUCUGACAUGGAAGUCUGCCACGUCUGGCCCCGGGCUGCAGCGAUGUUGCCACCUACGGACGCUGCAGCCUUUCACCUGCGUCAGACCCACCCACCAAACAUCACCAGUCUCUUCUUUGCAGCUGGGAGACGUGUCGGUGGCCUGCCCCCACACCCUGCCCGCCACACCCUGGGAUGAGGUUCUGGUGGGAUGUCAGGCCGGGUGGGGGUGGGGGCCGGCACCCUCUGUGAUUAGUCGAAUGGGGUCACAUUUCUUUUCCUGCCCCUCCAGUUUCUGUGUUGCAUAUUUGUGUUUAACUCUAAAGCCUAUUAAAAUGAACUUGAGGGACUCUC